CUGACCACGCCCCUUCCGGAAACAGGAAGUGAGGUAUCUUCGUAAAUAGAGGAUCUUUGUGGAAACCUGACAAUGGCCGCGUCCAUGGACAUCCAGAUGGACCAGCUCCCUUCAGACCCACUGCUGCACAUCCUGUCCUUCCUGAGCUUCAGAGACCUCAUCAAUUGUAGUUUUGUGAGCAGGAGGCUCAACGACCUGUCCAAACACAACCCUCUGUGGAAGUCGCUCUGCUCCAAACACUGGCUGCUGACAGAGAAAGAACGUCUGCAGAGCGGAGAGUCCUGGUUUAGUCUGUUCAAGCAGUAUUACAAAGACCUGGGCCGCUACAUCCAGUACUACCCGGUCCUGAAGAAGGCCUGGGAGCAGCUCAAGAGCUUCCUGCAGCAGCGGUGCCCACGAAUGAUUGCAUCGCUCAAGGAGGGCGCCACAGAGGUGGAACUGAAUGACAUCGAAGCUCAGAUUGGCUGCAGACUUCCAGAAGACUACCGCUGUUCAUAUCGAAUCCACAAUGGACAGAAACUGGUGAUCCCAGGCCUGAUGGGCAGCAUGUCCCUGUCCAACCACUACCGGUCCGAGGUCCUGCUGGACGUGGAGACGGCGGCCGGAGGCUUCCAGCAGAGGAAGGGCAUGCGGCGCUGUCUGCCGCUGACCUUCUGCUUCCACACCGGCCUCAGUCAGUACAUGGCCCUGGAACCGGCCGAGGGACGCCGCAUGUUCGAGAGCUUCUACCCGUGUCCGGACCAGACGUCUCAGGACCCGUCGUCCGUCGACAUGUUCAUCACAGGCUCCUGUUUCUUGGAGUGGUUCACCACCUACGUCCACAACGUGGUGUCGGGGGAGUUUCCCAUCAUCAGAGACCAGAUCUUCAGGUAUGUUCACGAUAAAAGCUGUGUGGCGACGACCGGGGACAUCACCGUCUCCGUGUCCACCUGCUUCCUGCCAGAGCUGUCCUCCGCCCACCCCCCCCACUUCUUCUUCACCUACCGCAUCAGAAUAGAAAUGUCGAGCAGUGCUCUACCCGAGGCCGCCUGUCAGCUCGACAGCCGCUACUGGAAAAUCACCACCUCAGACGGCAACGUGGAGGAAGUCCAGGGCCCCGGCGUCGUCGGAGAGUUUCCGGUCAUGACGCCUGGGAAGGUCCACGAGUACGCCAGCUGCACCACCUUCUCCACCCCGUCCGAGUACAUGGAGGGACACUACACCUUCCACAGGCUGGCCAAUAAAGAGGAGGUGUUCCAGGUGGCCAUCCCCCGCUUCCACAUGGUCUGUCCUCCCUUCAGACAGGUCGUCCCAUCGCAGAAGGCGUCGACCAGCUUCACGCCACGCAUCGACAACCGCCACGACGACUACGAUGACGACAGCGGCGAUUUCUGCGGCGACGGCGAUGACUUCGGUGACCUCAGAGGAAUCAACAUGGCGGCCUUGGAGGGCGCCUGGUGCCCACGACACAUCUGACGCAGGGCAUUCUGGGACGUGUAGUUCCACACAGACCCACCUUCCAGCCGCCAAAUGAUUUACACGAGGAUGUGACAGAGAAGCUGAAAGUCUAGUUAUUUUGUGUUGUGUUUAUCGGCUGCUGCAGUGGCUUUUAUAGAUGUAAAGACAAAGACCGGCGCCAGUCGAGAGGGAGUUUGAAUUCUCCUCCUUUUAACUUCCUGCUCCUGAAGUGUCGCAUCAGAAAAUAUUCGUGGAAGCAGAAAAAAAUUACACAAAAAACCUCAGCAAUUUAACACAAAAGUCUCCACACAAAUGAGAUUGUUUGUCUUUUGCAACACAUAGUUUAUGGAAUAACGGCAGAUCUGAAGUAGAGGUCACAUGAUCAAUGUUACGACAAACCUUGUAAUUGAAAUGCACAUAAUUAGCGUCUUCUUUCUUUCUCUCACGUUUUUGCAGGUCUGGUGUCUUUGAAAAACCAGCACCACUGAUGGUAUGUUGACACUUACCACAUCUCCCAGGGUGCACCUCACCAACAGACCGCUUCAUAUUGUUUUAGCUACUCAUAAAAAACUGACAUCAUUUCUACACACAUCAACACUACUUCCACUCCACAGUAUUUUACAGCAGUUUGUAGGAUUUAAGGAAAAACAUAUAAAUAUGGAAAUAAAUAUAACUGUUAACUUUGGUUUUAAUAGUUUAAAUAAAAGAUUCUGUUAACAUUAUUUCCUAAAUCUGUGCACGUAUAACUGUGUUCAGCUUGAAAGCUAACAGCAGCUAACAUUGGCUAGUAUGCUAGUAUUACCUAGCAAGUUACUUCUAAAAGUUAUAAUAAAAAAUGUGACGUUAGACAGUAGCUAAUGUUAGCCUGUCUACCAACGGGUCAUUUAAUGAGUUAAGUCUAACCUCAUAUUUCAUGAAAACCAUAAAUUACAUGCAAAAAGUUUUCUUUUAUGUACGCAGUAUUGGCUUAUUUCAUGAGUUCCACUUUGUUUGACAUUAAAAACCUGACACUAUGAAAUUAACGAGAUUUUACUUUGUUACUCAACAAGCUAACAGCAGCAUGCCUCCCAGUCAUGGACACGUAUCAGAUAUUUUAGUUGAACAGACUGGAUAAGCUCAGUCAGUAGCUAACACUAACUCUUCCUUACAAACUGUUUAUGUACUGAGGAGUUAAGUGUGACAAACAGAAAUAUUUUCUUAAACUCAACUCUGCUAAUUGACUAGAAGAUCUAGCCAAUGUUAGCAAGUAAGCUAACUCUCAGCUAACAUUAGCUAGCAAGUUUAUCAGUUCAGACAGGGACAAUUACCAAAGAGCUGAAGCUAUCUUCCCUAACAAGUCUCCUUUUCAUGAGAAGAUCGAUUAUAUUAGUGCAAUAUAUUUGAUGUUCUGGAAAAACUAUGUAUUUAAUAUGUGCAUUUUUUCUUAUGUUAGCAAGCAGGCUAACCACAGUUUUAAGAGUUCCUUUGUAACAUAUGAAGAUUGAACAAAAAUGAGGAAAUACAUUUGUUAGUCAGAAAGAUAACAUUAGCUAAUGACGACCAGCAUAAGCCAAGUUAAAUGUCUUUUUU